UAGUGGGUGUAAAUGUAGUGGCUGCUAGGGUUUAACUUGAAUGGUUUGCCUGAUAACUUUACCUAACACAUUACUUAAAUUUUGUAUAUGUAAACUUUACAAGAUGAUAGCAAUUACAGGCAUUGGUGAGUACAGUACAGUAUAAUGCCAUUAUUGGUUUUAUUUGCCAUGCUUUGUCCUUUAAAUUUUUGGAUCGCCUCUCAUUCUCUCUGAUGGAGCUUGACUAUAAUGCUAAAGUAUGUUUUAAAUGGAGUGUUUACACAAAAAUAAAUACAUAUAUGUAUGUUUAGACACCUUUUAAAUUAUUAUUGUGGUCUUGUGUAUUGAGCAGUGAAGAGCAGCAAUAGUACAGCAGCCAUGUUUUCCCAGGAAAACGAGGAGGUGGUACCACUGGAAGGAAAGGAGGAGCUGCUGGAGGUAACAUCUGAGGCAGCACCUGUGGAUGACCUCUCUAAGUUGCUGGAGACUACACCACAGCUGAAGCAUUUUUUCAUACCUAGUCAGAACUCUCUCUCACACAUGAUCUUAACCUGCAGAUCUUGUAAUCAGGUGCUCACUUCUUUGCAAAGCCUCACUUCUCAUUGUUGCAACUAUAACUGUAGAAAAUGUGGAAUUGAGGAAAAGAGUUUGGUUGUUAUUAUGCAACAUGUUUUAGUGUGCUCCUCUCAUCAGUCAAAAUCAACUGCUCUGUCUUGCAACUUUUGUUCUCGUAUAUUUAAAGAGAAGCUACAACUGCAACAGCAUAAGGAGGAACACGUCAGUGACUGCUUAAAGAAGUAUGCCAAGCUCUUGAUAGAGAAAGGCUUGGCUGAAACUCCAUGCCCAGAACCCCAGCCUCCUCUGAAGAGGGGUCGACCUAGGAAAAUGAGUGAUUGUACCAAAUGUAGCCUAGUAUAUGGUUCGUCAGUUGAUCUAGAUCGACAUAUAAGAUUAAGUCACCCUGAAACUUUACCACAUGCUUGCAGACUUUGUGACAACCGCUUUCUUCACCAGCACCAACUGGAACUUCACAUUGUGGAGCAUUUUAUGGGAUCAUAUGCAUGUGAUUUUUGUGGAGUUCAUUUUGGGUAUAAAUAUCCCUUUCUGAGGCACCUUGAAGCUCAACAUGCUGGUGACUUCUUAUUAAAAUGCGAGUUCUGUGAAUUUGCUACUGGUUCUUUUAACAAUUACCGGUGUCAUAGGAGAGAACCACAUGAAAGGAAGAGAGAAAUAGCUUCAGCAUGCCAUCAGUGUGGUGAACUGGUUCCUCAGGAUGAGAUGGAAGAACACUUAGAUGAACAUUUAUUGAAUGAGAAACCUGUGCCUGCCAAAACAGAGAUCUCUCAUCAGCACUUUCCCAAAAUGAAGAAGGGACGGGGUCGGCCAGCGAGGCGAAAAUCACACAAGUGCUUAGAUUGCAAUAUUACUUUUCCCAGUCCGGCAAGUCUUUCUCGUCACAAUCAUGAUAAACACCCACAAAAGUAUACCAGACAAUGUGAGAUAUGUGGUCACAGAUUUAAAGGUCAACGUGCACUUGAAUUACACAGGGAGGGCCAUGAGAGUGGCAGUUGUUGGUGUCCUGUUUGCAAGCUCAAAUUUAGGCACAGACAGCAUGUUGAACAUCACUUUGCAAGAGCACAUUCUGAUGUAACUAGUAUUGACUGUGAAUAUUGCAGUAUUAAAGUAACAUCUUACAGUAAAUAUAAGUAUCACUGCCGCAAUUCCCAUGCAGAUUUAUUAGAAGAUCGUGCUGAACUAAAAUGUAAUCAGUGUGGUAAAGUUUUUUCAAGUCGUAUCUUGUUGAAUAAGCACAUGUCUAAGCAACAUGGCCUAAACAGACAGAAUGCACCAAAGAAUGAAUGUCCAGUUUGUAAGAAAUAUUUUGUCCAUAUAGAUGUGCAUAUGAACCUUCACACUCGAGCUGUACAGUUUUCAUGUGAGGAAUGUGGAGAGGUAUUUUUUUUGAGGUCUAGUCUAAUAGCUCACCACAAGCUUCGUCAUGACCAGAAUGCGAGGGCUCACACAUGUGAUAUUUGCAAUAAAGGUUUUAUUAGUAGUUCGUUGCUACGCACUCACCAUGAACAAGUACACUUGCAUAAAAGAAAAUAUUCUUGUGAUUUUUGUGCACGUAGUUACAAGAACAAGUCUGCUCUUACAUACCACCUAAAAGUACAUUUUGGUGAACGGCCGUAUAAGUGUCGAGUAUGUGGCAUAGGCUUCCACCGUCCUUCAACUUUAAAAACACACAUGGAAGGUACACACCAUCUCCCAUAUUCUUACCUUUAUCGUAAACCACAGCGUCGUGCAGGUGCAGGUAUAGGGAUUUUAAAAGCUAAAAGUUCCAAAGAGAAUACUGAGCAAACUACCAAAAAAUCUUCAAGCUUCAUAGGGAGUAAAGCUUCAAGAUCUGUUGUGAUGGGAAAUGAGGUUGGGAUAGAUGAUAUUGUUGGGGAUGUGGAUGUGAUUGAAGUUGUAGAUGAAAUAGGAAGAGUUAGUGGUGUGGCUGAUGUAAAUGUAGACGUGAAUAACUCUGAAAUCGUCACUGUUGAAAACUUGCGUGACUUACCAGACCUUUAUGAUGAAACUGGAGAGGAAAGUGUCUAUAUUAUUCAGGCCAUAGAAGACACCUAGCUACAGUCUUCAGGGGUACUCUAGGUAUAGAGCUUUAUCUGUUUCUUAAUUAUGUGACUUUUCUAUUUGAUAAUUAUAAAAUGUAUUGUCAACAUGUGGAUUCCUAGUUGUAUUGAAGUAUAAAUUGUGGUACAGUAUAUUGGUUUUGUUUUGAUAUUGGAGAAAUUCAUUUUGUUCUGUUAUUCAUAAUACUGUAAAGUAUUUGUCACUUAAAGUUACUAUAAAAUGCAAUAUUUCGUGUGUGUACUUCAUAUACAGUUCAGUAUUUUAUCGCUAAUUUUAUAUACAGUAAUUACUAUAACAGUUUUACCAUAUACAAAAAUAAAUAUUGUGUACUAUAUGUGUAUAAAAUUGUAUUUUAACUGGUGGCAUGUCUGAAGAUUAAAAGUAAAAAAAAUCUGAGUACAGUGUGUGUGUGUGUGUGUGUGUGUGUGUGUGUGUGUAUCAUGUGGGAGUUCGAUACGUGGAUUAGGUAAGAAAUACUCACGUAGGCUGUUAUUACGUAUAAUUGCGAUAUGUGGAGAGAGCCCGCAGCCGUUACCUUGCCUCCUUGGUCACACCCGUAAUACUGACUAGCCGGCUGCCCACAGUACCCAGUGAGAGGGUCGAGAGGGUCUUUGAAUAAUGUCAGCUCAGCGCAAUAUAUGAAUAGACCGUGACUCAGGCAGAGACGGUUGAUCGUUGAGUCAACGGACACU